AUGGAAAAACAGAACGUCACCGAAUUUGUUUUCACGGGACAUUUUGGAAGUAAGCAAGCAGAGCUAGUCUUCUUUUUUUUGUUCCUGCUUUGUUACCUGGCAGUUAUAAUGGGGAACCUUAUCAUCCUACUCACCAUCCUCUGCAGCCAUCUCAUAGAACAACCAAUGUAUUACUUUCUUUGCCACCUUUCCCUCAUGGACCUCUGCUACACAUCCACUGUCGUUCCCCGGCUUAUCAAGGAUUUGGCUGCAACAAGAAGAAGUAUUUCUUACAACAGCUGCAUGGCUCAACUCUUUAUUGUCCACUGGCUGGCAGCUGUGGAAAUGUUCAUUUUGGUGUCUAUGGCUUUUGACCGAUAUGUUGCUAUUGUCAAACCACUCCACUACAUGGUCAUCGUGAACCGGAAGCGGUGUAACCUGCUGAUAGCCAUGGGUUGGGGACUUGGCUUCUGCCAUUCUAUUGCCUUGCUGCUGAUGGUGCUCAAUUUACCUUUCUGUGGUCCUAAUCAGAUAAAUCACUAUGUGUGUGAUAUCAAGCCUCUUUUGAAACUGGUUUGCAAAGAUAUCCAUCUGGUUAGCAUUUUAGUGAUUGCUAAUUCGGGGACAGUAGUCAUUGUAAUUUUCGUUGUGCUGUUUGCAUCAUAUAUAGUCAUCUUAUAUAACCUCAGGAUGAGAUCCUCCGCAGGAAGACGCAAAGCUCUCUCCACCUGUAGCUCUCACAUAAUGGUUGUGGUUCUAUUUUUUGUGCCCUGUAUUUUUACCUAUAGCUUCCCUGCAGGUGGUAAAAAUAAGGAUAAAGAAAUCUCUGUGUUGUAUACCGUGAUUGCCCCCAUGCUAAAUCCUCUCAUUUAUACUCUGAGAAAUAAGGAGAUGAAAAUUGCUAUGGGGAAGGUCUGGGGGCGAAUGUCACAUUCACGAUUAAGGUAA